GUUUAGCCAAGCGCCGAAAGUUUGGCCAUUUCGUUGAAGAAUGAGUCCCCUCCCGCCCCUUCUCUCCCUCACUCCCUCUCUCUCGAUCUUGAUUAAGAUUUUGUAGGGAAAACAAAGCAGAGGAGAGAGCGAGAGAGACAGAGGAAGAACAGGGGAGGAAGGGAGGUGGGGAGAGAGAUUGGAGAGCGAGAGUGAGAGAGAGGAUCGGAAGAGAAGAGCAGAAGGGGAUGGACGCCGCCAGGGCUUCCACCUCGGACGCCGCCUCCUCUUCUCCCACCUUCUCCUUCUAUUCCGCCUUCCACAAUUAUCCUCUUGUCUCGGCUGUCGUCGCCUUCGCUGUCGCUCAGUCCGCCAAGCUCCUUACCACCUGGUACAAGGAAAAUCGAUGGGAUGCUAAGCAACUCGUUGGAUCCGGUGGGAUGCCAUCUUCCCAUUCAGCCACAGUCACCGCACUUGCUGCCGCUAUUGGUUUCCAAGAGGGCUUUGGUGCUUCUACAUUUGCAACUGCCAUGAUAUUAGCGGGUGUUGUGAUGUACGAUGCUUUGGGUGUUAGAUUACAUGCUGGAAGGCAGGCAGAGGUGCUGAAUCAAAUUGUAUAUGAACUUCCAGCUGAACAUCCUCUUGCUGACACCAGACCAUUGCGGGAACUUCUAGGCCAUACCCCUCCUCAGGUUUUUGCUGGUGCGGUGUUGGGGGUUUUUAUAGCUAUUACGGGGCACUUGAUCAACAAAGCUGGGAGUCAAGUUUGACACAGGAGAACAACUCUUGGCCACCAACUAGGGCCGCUAAUCACUUACGGUGAAGGAAAUAUAUUCCAAACCUGCAAUUAGAGUUAGUUGCUGAAAUUUGUGGAUCGAACUCAUACAAAGUUGCUUGAUGGUGGGCAUAACUCCGCAUGGUUAUGAUUGCUUAUGCUCAGAAUACGUGCCGUUGAUACUGCAAUUCUUUUUGUGAGUGCAUGCAUCUUCAAUGACCGAUGUUGCCUCAUCUCAUGCGAAAGGAUCUUUAAUCGUUUGAAUGGUUGUAGCAUUCAUAUCUUACAUCGUUGCUCCAUACAGAGCUUGUUCUUCAGAGGCCAUUUAUAUUCUAUUUUGGCAGCCCUGAAAUCUGAAAGGUGCAUUAUUGUAGUUUAGCAAAGUCACCGGUGGUUUGUCAAUUGUUUUGCCUCUUCGUACUGCUUAAAAAUUAACAAUCUGAACAAUCUUAGGAUCUGGAUACGCUUAA